GACACGCACCCGAUGUUUUUGGAGGCUCCUUCUUGCUUCUGGAAUCUACUAUGGCAUCGUCUCUCAUGCCCUGAUCGAUCCCGGUAACGUCGCUCGCUCUCUUCACCUCGCCUUCUACUGAUUACUUGCGAUUGUUCGGUGUCACUUCUUCUGGUUCCGCUUGUGCUCGGAAAUCAAUUGGAACCCCGGUUUGUCUCGAUUGAUUGGAGUUGCGAAGAGGACGAUCGAUACAGUCGGCUUGGGAUCCGAUUAAUUAUUGGAUUACACUUUGUGUUGUCUUUGGUACGUUGCAUGUGAGUUUGAGCCAAAGGACAACAUAAAAUGUGGAAAAGGUAUGGAGUGUGAUAACGAGCGGGAAAUAUCAUGUUGCAGUGCUUAGAAUGGCUCAAGCAUUUUGUUGCUAUACUAGGGAAGUGCUGUGAUCUUGACUGGUACAGUCAGUCAAAAAGCCUCAUCGAUCCAGAACGGUUAGCCAGGGAAACAGUGUGUAAGUUGACAAUUGACUUUAGUGUAAGUGAAAUAGAAGCAUUAUAUGAGCUAUUCAAAAAGAUCAGUAGUGCUGUGAUUGAUGAUGGGUUGAUCAACAAGGAAGAAUUCCAGUUGGCACUAUUUAAGACUAAAAAGAAGGAGAGCUUAUUUGCUGAUCGGGUGUUUGAUUUAUUUGACACAAACCACAACGGAAUUCUAGGAUUUGAAGAGUUUGCACGUGCUUUGUCUGUCUUCCAUCCAAAUGCUCCUAUUGAUGACAAAAUUGAUUUUUCUUUCAAACUAUAUGAUCUCAAGCAGCAAGGUUUUAUUGAAAGGCAAGAGGUGAAGCAGAUGGUAGUGGCGACACUUGCUGAAUCUGGAAUGAAUCUUUCAGAUGAUGUCAUAGAAAGUAUCAUUGAUAAGACUUUCGAGGAAGCUGAUACUAAGCAUGAUGGGAAAAUAGACAAGGAAGAAUGGCGCAGUCUUGUCCUGCGGCAUCCCUCUCUCUUAAAGAAUAUGACUCUCCAAUAUCUGAGGGACAUCACGACGACGUUUCCCAGCUUUGUCUUUCACUCUCAAGUCGAUGACACGUAGGUUCUUUGCUUCAACAUUGGGAAAUAAAGGCUUUUCCGUAUGGGCUUGCUUGUACAGUCUGCCGCAUGCUUCUUCUCUCGUGUACAUCAUUCAGGAGAAUGUUAUCCAAGUUGGAGUUUGGUGGCUUUCCUAGGACUAAUUUCUAGGAUGAUCUGAUACUUGUGUUCCUCCACUUUAUUUCCUUGAUGGGAGAUCAUGUUUAUUUCCUGGAUUGCAAAGUCUGCGGGAGAUCAAAUGGUUUCUUGUUACCAAU